UUGGCUUGGCAGAUGGAAGGGCUGAGCUUCAGAUUUUAUAGCCUUCCAGAAAUAUUGAACUUGGGUGUCCAUAGUUUCUGUGUAUCAGUGUAUGUUCAACAUGACCCAGAAACACCUCUUCCCAAUAUAUAGACGUUUUUGGUGCUUCACUGCAUCUGGAUUCAAGUCAGUUCAUGUAAAGAGCAGAAGUAUCUUAACAUCGGCUCAUAGUUCCAUUGAUUUUGAUGGGUUCAUCCCAGAUUUUGAUGAGGUUUUAGCAGGCAGGUUGGUAUCGAUUUUGCAGUCUUGUUCAAAUGGUUCUGCUCUUAGACAAGGGCAGCAAGUGCAUGCCCAGAUCAUCGUGAAUGGAAUUAGCAAUGUGGGUCUGAUGGGAACAAGGAUUUUGGGUAUGUAUGUUCUUUGCAGCAGUUUUAUAGAUGCGAAUAACGUAUUUGUUCAGCUCCAGUGGCAGUAUACAUCAGCUUGGAAUUGGAUGAUUAGAGGAUUUACCAUGGUGGGUCUGUUCAAAUACGCUUUACUGAUUUACUUCAAGAUGUUAAGCUGUGGAAUUCCACCUGAUAAAUAUACUUUCCCCUAUGUAAUUAAGGCCUGUGGUAGUUUAGCUGCACUAAAAUUGGGUAGACUGAUUCACGAGACCAUUCGUUUAAUGGGUUAUGAGAUGGACGUCUUUGUGGGUAGUUCUUUAAUCAAGUUAUAUGCCGAGAAUGGUUCUAUAGAAAAUGCACGGCAUUUGUUUGAUAGAAUGCCUGAAAAGGAUUGUGUUUUGUGGAAUGUGAUGCUUAAUGGGUAUGUAAAAAUUGGAGAAUAUGGAAAGGCUCUUGAGGUGUUUUGUAAAAUGAGAAGCAAUGAAACAAAACCCAACUCAGUAACAUUCGCUUGUGUUUUGUCGAUCUGUGCCUCAGAGGCAAUGAUUGAAUAUGGUACUCAAUUACAUGGGCUUGCCACUAGAUAUGGAUUAGAUUUAGAUUCACCUCUGGCUAACACAUUGGUGGCGAUGUAUUCGAAAUGCCAGUGUUUAUCUGAUGCUCGUAAGUUGUUUGAUUUGAUGCCUCGUACUGAUCUGGUAACUUGGAACGGAAUGAUUUCUGGCUAUGUCCAAAAUGGGUAUAUGACUGAAGCUCGGGAUCUGUUCCGUGGUAUGCUAUCCUCUGGCAUCAAACCAGACUCGAUCACUUUUUCAAGUUUUCUUCCUUCAGUUUCUGACUCAGCCAGUCUGAAACAAGGUAAGGAGAUUCAGGGUUAUAUCAUAAGAAAUGGUGUGUUUCUAGAUGUAUUUUUGAAGAGUGCACUUAUCGAUAUAUACUUCAAAUGCAGGGAUGUAGAGAUGGCACGGAAGAUUUUUGGGCAUACAGACAAUGUAGAUGUUGUUAUCUUCACAGCUAUGAUUUCAGGUUAUGUUCUUAAUGGGAUGAGUGAUGAUGCUUUAGAGAUUUUCCGAUGGUUGCUAGGGGCACAAAUGCAACCCAAUUCAGUGACAUUGGCAAGCAUUUUACCAGCUUGUGCUGGUUUGGCUACUUUGAAGUUGGGGAAGGAGUUGCAUGGCUACAUUCUUAGGAAUGGUCAGGAGGGAAAAUGUUUUGUGGGAAGUGCACUUACUGAUAUGUAUGCUAAAUGUGGGAGAUUAGAUAUUGCUUAUCAAGUUUUUCAUUCAAUCUCUGGAAAAGAUUCUAUUUCAUGGAACUCAAUGAUAACAAGCUGUUCUCAGAAUGGCAAACCAGAAGAAGCCAUUAGUCUUUUUCGCCAAAUGGGCUUGGAAGGAGCUAAGUAUGACUGCGUCACAAUAUCUGCUGCUCUUUCAGCUUGUGCUAAUUUGCCAGCACUCCAUUAUGGCAAAGCGAUCCAUGGUUUCAUGGUUAAAGGUUCAUUGGGAUUUGAUCUCUUUGCUGAGAGUGCCCUGAUCGACAUGUAUUCGAAAUGCGGGGACCUGAUUAUUGCCCGCCGUGUAUUUGACUCCAUGCAAGUGAAGAAUGAAGUCUCGUGGAAUAGCAUAAUUGCUGCUUAUGGGACCCAUGGCCAUUUCAAGGACUCACUUGAUUUGUUCCAUAAAAUGUUGGAUGAAGGAAUUCAGGCAGACCAUAUCACUUUUCUUGCCAUAAUGUCUGCUUGUGGCCAUGCUGGCCAGGUUGAUGAAGGCUUCCGCUACUUCCACUAUAUGAGUGAGAGGUAUGGAAUCAUGGCUCGGAUGGAACAUUAUGCAUGCAUGGUUGAUAUGUUUGGGCGUGCUGGCCGUUUAGAAGAAGCAUUUAGCAUCAUAAACAACAUGCCUUUCAAUCCAGAUGCGGGUAUUUGGGGAGCUUUGCUUGGAUCUUGUCGGGUCCAUGGGAAUGUUGAACUAGCUGAAGUGGCUUCAAAACAUCUUUUUGAGUUGGACCCACAAAAUUCUGGAUAUUAUGUAUUAUUAUCAAAUGUCCAUGCUGAUGCUGGUCAAUGGGAGAGUGUUCUUAAAGUUCGAAGCUUGAUGAAGGAAAGGGGGGUGCAAAAGUUACCAGGUUGCAGCUGGAUUGAAGUCAACAGUGUCACACAUAUGUUUGUGGCUGCAGACAGCAGUCAUCCACAGGCAACUGAGAUUUAUCUACUGUUGAAGAUGCUCCUUCUAGAGCUGAGAAGAGAGGGUUAUGUUCCGCAACCUUACCUUCCGCAGCACCCACAAACAUUUGGUUCAUGUGAUCAGGUUAGAUGUGCCUCGCUUUGAAGUCUGAAUGUCUAUUUUUACUCCAUCAGAUUGUCUCGAAGGCCAUAAGGACUUUAGACCAUUUUCGAAGUAAUUGUGAUUUACUGGUAAGAUAUAGCACAUGGGCCAACAUCCUGCUCAGAAACUGAGGCCUUACUCCAUCUAUAAAUUGGUAUGUAUAUGCCCACAAAUCAAGGCUCUUGAAUUGAUAGUUCAUAAUGAUGGAGUCAUAAUAUCCCAACUGUCCAAGAGCCUCCCCAAUGGGAAGAUCUUAAUCUUCGAUCUGAUAUCUGUAAAUUAAUAUACUGUUGUCUCAUUUUUAUGUAACAGUCAGAUACAGGAUCUGAAUAUUCAUUUCUCUUGACCCUUAACCAUCUGUGUAACAUUUGUAAUAUGUUGUUUUUUUCAAUUUUUAUGUAACAGAAGAGUAAAUCAUAACAAAUUCAUGUGUCAAAGAGAUUCAUGUAUUAUUUGGCAGC